UUUCCAAAGUCGUUAGAGAAGGUCUCCACUAUACUUUAUUGAUUAAUUAUUCCGCUAGAGAGGAGACGCUUCGAUCUUAUUUUUGAGCCCGAAAGGAGAACUCGUUUGAAACUUACGCAAAUUCAAGCAUUUACGAUCGUUAGGCCUUUGAGCAUUGUUUUAAAAGCGUUUGCUCCUCAGUAUCUUCAUAGAAUUAUUACAAGAAGUGUUCUGGCGCCAUCGAUAUGUCGCCAACUGAUGAUUAUCAUGAUGUUUUGAGCGUUGUCAUGUGACUGAUGAUAACAAGGGAUCGAACGAGAACUUUCGUGUCAUUGGCGUAAUAAAUGAGGAUUCACAACCAGCUCGUGUAUUAUUCGCGUAGGUUUUAUGAUGUUAUUUGAUUCGCUCCUAUGGUUGAAGGGGCUACUCAUUCUGAAGAUUAGCCCACCAGGGAUCAACGUUGUCAGGUUUUAUUUGUACUAGAGUGAGACACGGCUUGUUACAUCCGUGGUUACGUCGUAGUCAACUGAAAAUUAAAUAAUUUCGGGAUACAUUAUUAUCUAAAAUAUUCUUAGUCGAAGCAAUAAACGAAUUCGUAACUUUCAAUUUGUUUCUGAGUAGUUGGAUCCCUUUAUUCGCUAUCUCGACGCUUUAUCUUGAUGCUUGCGUUUACGACUGUUGAUGACCAGGUUCGAAUGUUGUUACAGCAUAAAUUGUUCUUUUUAAAUUAUAAGUCACAUGACCUAAUUUUCCCGCCGCGCGUAGUCGAGGCGAAUUCGCAAUUUCGAUAAUUAAUUCUAGUUCUUUACUACACGGUCCACUGAACAUGCAAAUCAUUAUUCGUGGCCAUUGAUUUAACGCAGUCGUCGUUAAGAAGCCGAUUGAAUGUCAAUACACUUUUUACUCUCGACAAGUCAAACAACUCGCGUCCUUAUCUAGUUACAAUAAUUCUACAAAUCGAGUCACCAGCCUAAGGAUAAGAUGGCGAAUGAAACUAUCUAUGGUGGACAAAACACUGUCGAAAAUAUUUACUGUUCAUUUCCAAACACUCUCGUCGAAGACAUAGAGCUCCGAAUAACAUUUUUGUUCUUCCUUCGCUGUCUGGCAACAAAAGAUAUUUGUGUUGGACUUAUUUCAGAGCCUCUCACUGUCUGUUACUGGUUGUCCACGGUGAAAGAACGAUGGAAUAAUUGUCAUUCCUUGGUAACCGCUGUUUUCGUAAUCGCCAAUAUCUUAACGCUAUUCUCUUUGAUGACAGUGACUACAACUAUUAUCGACAGAUUUCUCGCCUUGAAGUUGGGACUCAGAUACAAACAUGUGGUAACGCUAAGACGUCUUCGUAUAACUUUAGCUGCCUUUUGGAUCGUUUCGUUCGCCAUUGCAGUAAUUUCCUUGUUGAAUUUCCCCGCAUACCUAUGGCAUGUUUAUGUUGUUACAUCAUUAUGCUUGGUAACUGCAUCAUUCGCCUUCACCAAGAUAUUCUGCACUCUUAGUGCACAUCAGAAUCAAGUACUUGGCUCUGAGCAACAGAAAACUUCGUUGAACUUAAUGCGAAUUAAGAAGGAAGUGUCCAGCGCUUUUUGGGUGAAGUUGAAUAUGAUUGUUUGUUAUCUCCCGCAUAUUAUAGUUGGUGUGGUAGCGCAAGUUUUGCAGGAUCCAAGUGAUCCUAUAUCAACAACUUUUUUUAUUACAAAGGCGUCUGCACUGACUUUAGUUUAUUUGAACUCGUCAUUAAACCCUAUUCUUUACUGUUGGAAGAUCAAAUCCAUCAGACAUGCUGUGAAAAUCAGAUUAAAAAAACUACUUUCUCUUUAGCUCUUGACGAAAUAUCGAUCUCGAUCAAUAUAUCGACACCAGCGACACAUAGUUUUAAAUAACGUCUGAGCCAUCGAAUUUGAAUAUUAAAGCACGCAUUGCCAGUCAAUAUAACAACAUGACGUAUUUCAUUCGUUGUCGUAAAGGCAUAUACCAAAAUGAUGUACGCGAUUAAUUCAUCAAAUAAAGAUACAAAAUCAACAUCAUUCGUUUCAUGUCCUCUCCA